AUGUUGGAAUCUGCCCUUUUUCAGUUUUCAUGUCUACCUUACUCUAACAAUGUAGAGUUAUCUCUUGAUGAUGCAAAUUAUACACACUUUGAUCUCUCUCCUCCUUUUACAGAAAUUGACUCUCCUUCCACUAUUGAAUUUGUGGAUAGCGCUCCUCCUCAUGAUGAUAAUAUGUACAUGGAAUUUUUAUUUGAUGAGCCUUUCCCAUUUGAUUUUCAGGACUUAGAGUUCAUCUGGGGCCAAGAUAUUCAGGAAAAUGAUGAAGGAAAGAUUACUACUGAUGAUUACGAAUACUGCAGCUUUAGCCCAUCAAUUAUUUCAGGUGAUUUAUCCACGGAUAUUAACUGGAGUAAUCUUGUCCACCAAUCCCUAAUCAUGCCAAAAGAAUGCAUGGGCAUCAGUAACCUAUUCAGCUUGACCAACCUAGCCAUGGCAUAUGCAGAGGCGACAGAAAACAAACAGGCAGCACUUGCAGAGGUUAUCAUGCGACGCAUUGGCGAGAAAGUUAGUCCCAUUAGUGGAAUUAAGGAGCGUCUUUUGUACUAUGCGUUCCAGCCUUUGGACAAGCAAUCGGACUAUCUUAAGCAAGAAUCUUUCAAGAAUUUCGAUAAAGCUUUUGAGGUGUUCUAUCAGAUUUUUCCUUACGGAAUGGUCGCUCAUUUCACUGCUAAUUCAGCGAUCCUUGAAGCCAAGCCUCGUGAUGCUGAGAUUCUACAUGUAGUGGACUUUGAUAUUGGAGAGGGAAUUCAAUGGCCUUCAAUGAUCAUGGCUCUUUCUCAACAACAAAAUGAGAGGAUGCAACAACAUGGUUAUAAUCAGAGACAUCUUCAACAGAUAACCUUAAAAAUCACAGCAAUCAAAUGGAGAGAAGAGCAUCCAUGGAGAAAAUUAGAAGAGACAAAAAGGCGGCUUCAAAACUAUGCAGACUCCUUAGGCUUAAUGCUGCACGUGGAAGAGAUAGAGGUGCAAAAUUUGGCGAGGGAGAUAAAAAGAGGAGGAAGAAAAGAAUGGCUAGCCUUUAAUUGUAUGUGGGCAAUUCCCCAUAUGGGGAGAAUACGAAGUAGAAGGCAUGUGAUAGAGUUUCUAACAAUGGCUAAGGAUUCGGUAGCUGAUUGGAGUGAUGAUAGAAGCAGAGGUAUAGUGACAUUUGGUGAAGGAAUUGGCCACGAGACAUUGAGCAAUUGUGAUGGUUUUGGAUCAUUCUUUGAGAGGUACAUGGAACAUUACGAAGGAUUGUUGGAAUCAAUAGAAUGGGGUUUCCCAAUUCAUCUUGCAGAAGCCAGAUUAUCAAUGGAGUGUCUGUUUCUUGCGCCUUAUGUAUCUCGUGUUAGUAUGAUGCAGACAUGGAAGGAAAUUAACGAAGGAAGUGAUUUUAAGACAGGAAUAGGUUUUGAAGGGCUGAGAGUGAGUAAUAACAGCUUAAUGGAGGCUAAAGAAAUGGUAAGAGAAGGAGACACUCCAUAUGGAGUGAGGAUUGAAGGAGGGAAUAGUAAUGUGUUGGUCUUGGACUGGAGAGGAAAUAUGCCAUUGGUGACCGUCUCUGCAUGGAGAUGA